AUGGCUUCUCUGAGGAGCCCGUCUUCGCCAUCGGACGGUUAUAAAAGAUUCAGUGAUGAUUUCGCUAACACCAGUAUCAACAAUUACGGCUCGAACGUCUCAAAUUCCCGUACGGGCACAGAUGGCGGCGGUGACAGCAGCACUCUGGACAUGGGCAGUCGCUCGUCCCUCCACACGGGCCUCCACAUGUCCGAAGACGAGCAUUGGGAGAUGAACUACCACGAGGCAGCUAUUUAUUUAGAGGAAGGUCAAAACAACGAAAAGUUCGACUCCCAUCCAUCUAGUCCCGAAGAGUUACCAGCCUACCUCAGGGUACACAACCCCUGGUACCAUGGCCUCGAUCUACUAGCUUCAUUAGUUUUAAUAUUAUUGGCAUUCACCGAAGACCCAGCCGUUCCCACAUUUGAGCUUCCAGUAUGGGCACACGGUACUAUAGAAUUAAUGGCGUUAACUGUGAUCGGAAUAGAGCUACAUCUGAAACUAAAAUGGAUCGGAUGGAGCACCAUACUUAAACACAAGAGGACCAUGUUAAAGGGUAUAACCCUGCUAAUAAUGGUGCUUGAAGCUGUGGUAGUGCUAUGCCGGCAAUCCUCACACUUCAGAGUAACGAGGGCGUUGCGUCCUAUCUUCUUAGUGGACACGCGGCACUGCGGCGGAGUACGGAGGUUCAUUAGACAAAUUCUGCAAUCGUUACCACCGAUUAUUGAUAUGUUAGGUCUAUUAAUGUUCUUCGUGGCGACUUACUCGCUUUUAGGAUUCUAUUUAUUCUCUGAGCACGUAGACAAUGGACACUUCCAGACGCUUAGUGACUCAUUCGUUAGUAUGUUUGUUUUGCUGACUUCGGCAAACUUCCCAGAUGUGAUGAUGCCAUCUUAUGCCAAGUCGAAGUGGUACGCACUAUUCUUCAUCUUGUACAUAAUCACCGUUCUCUACGUCUUGAUGAAUUUGAUGUUGGCCGUUGUUUACGAGACCUUCACCCGGAUCGAACGCGAGAAAUGUCGCGCGCUGUUACUGCAUCGCCGCGGCGCUACACGUCACGCCUUCCGACUGCUUGUCUCACGACGAGCGCCUCACGCAGUCCGGUUGAGACACUUCGCGGGACUCAUGAGACAUUACGCGCCGCAUUACAAUGGUCUAGACGUGUACCUAAUGUUCAAGCACCUGAACCAGACCGGCACAGGGGGUCUCUCCCGGGCGGAGUUCGCGAACGUGUACGAUGUGUUCGCACUGCGCUGGGCGGCGCAGACCGCGCGCGCUCCGUGGUACGCCGCGUCGCCGCUCGAGCCCAUCGCCCGCGCCGCCGCCGCCGCCGUGCACUGGAAACACUUUGAGCAUCUUGUCUAUGCCGUGAUCGUGUGUAAUGGCGUGUCGCUAGUGUGGCGACUGUGUCAGAUCAACGAAAACCUGCAGACGAGUGCACAGCUGCUCUGCGCUUCAUGGGACACGUGGCUGUUCUUGACCUUGUUCCUGAUCGAAGCGGCCCUGCGGAUGAUGGCCUCCGGACUCGCCGCGUACUUGGAGAGCGGCUGGAAUGUCUUCGAUCUCAGUGUUACGUUAUUAGCAUUGAUGGGUGCGGUGUUGCUGUCGAUCGCUCCUGGGCUAUUCAUCGUUGUAAUAUUUAGGCCUCUCAGGUUAAUGCGUCUCUACAAGCUGAAGAAGCGGUACCGUGAUGUCUUCGGAACUCUAGUGCUCCUGUCUCCCCUGAUGUCAUCGGCUGGCUGCGUGAUGCUGGUCAUGUACUACUUCUUCUCGAUCAUCGGGAUGGAGCUCUUCGCUUCUUAUCAACUAAAGAACUGUUGUGUGAAUACAACGGUGGAAGACUUCUACAAGUACUCGUCCAAUAGCUCGACCGCCCUCGGCUACUAUUACCUGAACAACUUCGAGAACCUAGUCACGAGUGGAGUCACGCUCUUCGAACUGACAGUUGUCAAUAACUGGUUUAUAUUGAUGAACGCGUAUGCCAGUGUCGCGGGACAGUUCACCAGAAUAUAUUUUAUGGUGUUCUAUCUGUUCACGAUGGUGGUGUUGACCAUCGUGGUGGCGAGCGUACUGGAGGCAUUCCGAUUCAGGAUACAGUACAAGAGGAGCACAACUAAGAGAGACGAGGAGAAACUCCUGCACGAGGAGGUGCACACGAGCUGGGAGGAAGCCCAGAGACUCGGCGCUGCCGGUACCCUGGCUGACACUCUGCGCCAACACCUGCCCCCCGGCGUCGAGGUUACCUUUAUAGGUUCGAGACCUCGUACCAAAGAGGUCCUGCAGCGGAGGAUGUAUCAGUCGGAGAUUCAGAAGUGGCUGGCCGAAGAAGACGAAAAUGAGGGCGUGCCUCCAUCGACAACCAUAACGUCAAGCGAGGAUCCUCUGUCGCCGCCCCUCAUCCACCAGCCUGACUCCGAGGACAAUCACCAGCCCAGGCCGGCGUACCAAUUGUAGAACAUGAUUCAUAUCGCGUUAUACCACAGACUAAUGUUUCUGUGGGACGCGAUCAAAGACUUGUGAUUAUCUGUGGGCAAGUGCAGUGCGACCUCAUUGGUCGAAAUUUAAAAACAAAUGGCAACUAAUUUAGAAAAAAGCGGAAAGAAAAUGCAUGCAGAUAAAAUUAUUUUAGUUCUACAAGCUAAGAUAUUUUUAGUAAAGAAAUUAAUAAAUGCUGCUAUUAAUUGUUAUUUUUAAGCUAAUUUAAAAUGAAAUAUUAUGUAAAUAAAUAAUUUUAGUCUUAGGUGACAUGGAGCAGUAUUUUUUGCUUUAAUUUUUUAAGUUUUUAUUUUUAUUUAUUCCUUAAUAUUUUGUAAACAAUUGACCUCGUGAUAUAGGUACAUAAUAGAUGAAUUGUUUAUUAUUUAUGAUUUGUUAAUUUUGUUAUUUUUAAGAUAUCGUUUAAAUAUAACUGUCUCAUGGGCCGCUGGAAAUUGAACUUACUCUUCUGUUUUAGAUAAUAUCUUUUACGUUUAAAUUAUUAGCGAAAAAUCAAUUCCAAAUUCAAUUUAAUAUUCAUAUUACUUGUUAUUCAUAUUAUUCAUUAUACAUCAUUCAUCAAUUGCCAUAUUGAAAAAAAAAGGAAGAAAAGUUGUGUUUCUUUCUUCCUUAUUUCUUAGUUGUCACGCCACGUUCGGAGGAUAUUUUUAUACGUUAAUGAAUCUACAUUGAAAGGCCUAUAUAAUUCGCACGUGGAUGGUUUUCCACAAAAUGCGAACAGACAGCCAAAUCUGAGCUCUGACAUCAACACUGGCUGUGCAGCUUAGUUUUUUUAAGAUAAGGGAAAUAUUAAUCAAACAGCCUUAACUUUCCAGCCUUAAAAUUAUGAAAUCGAAGCUGUCAUGACUGGUCCAAAAGUCUUUAAAUUAGAUUUUUACAUGAUUUUUUUAUUUAUCAAUGACGUAUUCAGUUAAUAUUAUUUAUUACAAUUAAAAUACAACAGGAAACUAUCACUGAAUACUUGAUGUUCAGAUUAAUUUUAACGGUAUUAUUACGUUGUAAAUUGUGAAAACCAAUCUAUUACAAAGUACACAAUAAUAUUAUAUUCUAAUAUAACAAAUGUUGGCGGUAAUAGAUAAGGUUAUGUAACGAACUUCAGUUCUCAUUUUUAUUGUUUGAGAUUAAAUAUUGGACAUCUAAUAUGGAGGGUAGAAAUAGGGAGCACCAUC